UUUUCAACAGAUAAAACCUGAAAUCUGAGAUGUGUGUGUGUGUGUGUGUGUGUGUGGUGAGGAUCCUCUAUAGACGGCACUAAUGGGUGGAGACCAACCGCAGAAAACAGGAAGGUGCUGAAAAGACGCUCAAGUUCACCAGCACACCUGAGAAACACUAGAUCUUCCUCCAGACCGACUGCAGAUGGACACAACCGGGGACAGACUCUGUCACUGCACAAGUCACAGCAAUAGAAGAAUGUCCCAACGCACGCCAAUGGGAUUUUUCUCAUUUGUGGAUAUGAGAUUUCUAGAAAGUGACUUGUGUGAAUAAUGAGAGGACUGUGUCUCUGAUCACUGGAUCUUUAUUCGGAGCUUCUCAGUUGUUACUCUUCUGAAUAUGUGGCCUCUGAGAGUCACAAUGUUUGUGCUCUACUUUGCAGGUGGCUGGACUCAGGGUUGUAAUCGGACGAAGGCUUAUUUUGAGUCCAGGAAUUUCUUCAGCGUUCUCCGUUGGGACCCAGUUGACGUUCCGGGUCGAUCGCUUCUCUACAGCGUCCAGUUCAACCUUUAUGGGAAACCGUAUGAACCGGUGACGUGGUGCCAGAACAUCUCCACUCCUGCUUGUGACAUGACGGAUGUGAUGACCCAUGUGAUGAGCGAUGUGACCUCUAAAUAUCAUGCCAAGGUCAGCUCCAGUGGACAGUGCCUGGGUGAGGUGGUCUUCACGCCGUUUUGGCAAACCUCUUUAGCAGCACCGCAGCUGUCAGUGACGUCAAACCAAACCCAUCUGAACGUGACGGUUCUGCCGCAGAUGACCGCUUGGAGCCGCUCCAUUGAGAACAUCAGCUUUUGGGGAAAAGGGUUCCAGAGGCCCUCCGUUAAGUACACCGUUCGCCUGACACAUCCCGAAUCAUUGGCGGGAAAGAUAUAUGAGGACACGUCUCGCUCAGUGUUGAUUUGGCUGGUGGAAACAGACGAGCAGUACUGUGGGGAUGUGAUAUAUACGCUCACACACCCCGGUCGAUCCAGUCCCAGUGAAAACACCUUCUUUUGUGUGACUGUCUCAGCACCUAAUUCCUGGUUUCAUAUAUUAAUAUGGCCUGGUCUGCUGGCUCUGCUGCUGCUGAUCAUCCUUCCCAUCAUGCUUUGCCAACUGUGGCUGAAAAGCCAAAAAGCUGAAAAGCCGAAAGCACUGCAGAUCCUGCCAAAGGAAAGCAGUCAUGUGUUGUGUUUAGAUCCCCGCGAUUGCAUAUCUAAAGUGGAAGUGUGGUCCGGAUUUGAUGAGAAGCUUGAACCACAGGCUGUUUUUGCACCAUGGAAAUCAAAGAUGUUGGAUAAUGAGGCUUCUUAUGCAUCCCAGGAGCACUGUGACCACGAGUGGACACGCAAUCAACCGGACAUCCCGGUCCAGGACAGCCGAGAGUCUUCUGUGCACUACAGCAUGUGUUUUCCUGCCCGAAAUAAUGAUGAUGCAAUGGAUGAAACCAGCUCAGAUUCAUGCGGUCCAGAGUCUGUUUCGACAUUGUUAAUCGCGCACACUGAAAACAGCAGCGGGACACUGGUGGUGCCAGUUAGAUCUGCUGAAAAUGGUGCGCUCCAGUUUCAUGAGUGUUUGUUGCAGCGUGACACUGGUCAAAGUUUUCCAGCACCUUCCCAGGAUUCAGAAGGUUUCACUGGAGACCGAACUCCUUUACUAUCUGACCGUGGUCAGAACAACUCAUCCUUCAGCCCUGUGCACGUUCCUGACGUCGUGACGUCAAACUAUCGGCAGAACUGGCUCCCGGGGAUUCCUCUGGAGGGACAGCGAGACCAAAGGACUUAUAUUAGGAGGACAGACCACCUGAAGGACACAGCUGAACCGGAUGAGGACUUCACAGAUGAAGAGGAACCCUGAGUUGGUUCUGGACAGAUGCAUGGUGGAGAAACAGGUCUUUUCCUCCCAAUGCUCAUCUAAGCACAUUCAUGCAAGUCAAAGAGAUGUUUGAAGAUCUUCUGUUGGGUUUCUCCAGCUCGUUACAUAAGAAGUGGUGUGAGCUUGAGAGUAUUUACAAACCUUCAGGUGUACAGUUUCACUAUAGUUUCACACUUUCUCAAGUUUACAGAAAAUUCCCCUGUUGAAAUGUUUGAUUUUGUUUAUUUCUUCUGAAAUACAAACAUAAAUAGUUAUGAAAGCCAACAGAUUUAAUGCCACAGAUGAAUGUUUACCGAGCAAUCCAUUAUAUUAGAUUUGGAGCCAAAUUACAGGUGGGGAAAAUGAUUUUAGACAGAUGGCAGCAUCAUGAUUUUAUUUUAACACAGAUAUUGGUAGGUCUGUUAGUAAAAUCAGUUGACUUUAGCAACCGUUGUUGCAUUAUAUCCCAAUGGGGACCAUUCGGAAAUGGUGGAAAAACACGUUUUGUGCUUUUUUUCCAAAGUUUGCGUGCCUGUAACUCAAGAAGUAUUAAAGAUAUCUUAAUAUCCUCUUAGAUGUUGGUUCUUAAGAACAGUUUCUUUUGUAAUCUUCAUUUUUAAGACUCUUGAUAGUUCAAUUCCAGAGAUAUGUGGACCUCAAUUUGGCUCCAUGAGUAAAUUGUUAAACUUUUGUUAAAUUUUCAUUGGUCAAAAUCCAAAUGCAAAUACAAAAUAGAGGAUUGCUUAGUAAA